AUGGCGUCCUCUUUUCUGGCCUUUUCCAAAGUGACCUUGGCUGUUAUCCUGAAUAUAGGUGUUUGCGUGUGUCAGUGUCCGGACCAGAGCAUCGCCUUUAACCACGCGUGUUACGAGUUCUCCCCUAUGGAGCUAGGGUACGCCGCCGCCCGGCUGUACUGUGCGGAGCGGAACGGGACCCUCGCCAUGCCCAGGACGGCGGCAGUGGACGCCUACAUCGUGGGGAUCCUGCAGUACUCAGGGUAUCAGAGGGGAUACUGGAUAGGUAUAGAAGAGGGAAACAACUCCUUGCCGAUGUGGAGUGACGGCACGCCGGUCUGGAGCGGCUGUCAGUACGCUGCCUUCGCUGAAGGAGAGCCGCACUUUCCGCAUGCCGUCACCCGUAUCAUGCCGCAGUGCGCCCAGAUCAGGAGUCAUGAGGCCUACGGUAAAGACUUCCUCUGGAUGACCAACACGUGCAUUAAUGCGGCCCGCUUUAUCUGCCAAGUCGACCCUGCCCGAAUCCGACCAGACGGGCGCUGCGGACCAGACUUCCCCGUGGCGGACGGAGUUCCCGGGGAGUGUGACGUCAUCGGCCCGGCGCCAUGUUGUUCAGCUGACGGACGGUGUGGCGAUUCCGAACUCCACUGCGACUGUCCGGAAUGUGUCGACUACAGUCUGCUCAUAGUUCCCGACUGCCCUCCCGGGUACCACAAGUUGAAGAACACGUGCUACGGGGCGAGGCUGGAACUGGCCGACUACACACAGGCCGAGAGAGCAUGCGCAGAGGACGGGGGUACACUGGCCAUGCCCAAACACCUGAAGACUGACUUCUUUCUUAUAGGACUCAUGAUCAGGGCUGCACCAGAAGGUAGCGACUUCUGGGUCGGGAUAGACGACAGGAACCAGGACCACGUGUUCGCUGACGGCACCAAGCUGGCAGACUGUGCCUUCACAAAGUGGUCAGACACGGCCCUAACUGCUAGGGACAGUCCUCAAAACUGCUACAUGUACAGCCGGGAGUUAGGCUACUUCUGGCACAGCAAGAGCUGCCUGGAGGAAAGCAUGUUCCUGUGUCAGAUAGGUCCAGGAAUUACUGAAGAUUGUCCGACUACUACCCACAGGGUGGGGGUCGGCGCCGCCGUCCUGGUCUACAAGAAGCAACUGAUGGCCAAAGUGGUGCCGAUAGGAAAAGUGUAG